GGUUUCCCGUUUCGCGUAGAAAGUCCGAAACUUGGUGCCCAUCUCCGACUCUCUGUUUCUCUCUGAGAAAAGGCAGCAACUUGACAAUUGCACCAUGGUUCGAUUCAACCUGUGCUUUCUUCUAAUCCUAGGGUUCUUAUUGUCUACGUCGGAGUCGGUUCGGUUCGACCUGGAAUCGGGUCAGACCAAGUGCAUCGCCGAAGACAUAAAGAGCAAUUCCAUGACGGUGGGCAAGUACAGCGUGGUCAAUCCCGACGAGGCCCAUCCCAUGCCCGAUACCCACAAAGUCACCGUUCGGGUAACUUCGGCAUAUGGGAAUAAUUACCAUUACGCGGAGCUGGUGGGAUCGGGGCAGUUCGCGUUCACGGCGCCGGAGGCGGGAGAUUACAUGGCGUGCUUCUGGGGGCCUGAUCACAACCCCAAGGUCACGAUGACAGUGGAUUUCGAUUGGAGGACUGGUGUGGCGGCCAAGGACUGGUCCAAUGUUGCUAAGAAAGGACAAGUUGAUGUCAUGGAACUAGAACUGAAGAAGUUAUAUGAUGCUGCUAUUUCCAUUCAGGAGGAAAUGUAUUAUCUCCGCGAAAGAGAAGAUGAAAUGCAGGAGCUCAAUAGAACAACGAACUCCAGGAUGGGCUGGUUUAGUAUUCUCUCACUUUUUGUUUGCUUGUCAGUGGCAGGCUUGCAGCUAUGGCACUUGAAAACCUUUUUUGAGAAAAAGAAGCUCAUUUAAUCUUAUUCUGGACAAUUUUUGAGAAUUUUUCUCAUUUGUGCUCAUGUAACUUAUAGCAACGAUGUACUCGGAUAGAAUAAUUUUCAGAUCGCAUUGUUAGAUUAA